AUGUCUUACGAUCGAGUGCUCCCUAACCCCGUUGCUCAUCGCUAUGAGACUGCUCAAGUCCCAAGCAAUAUCCUCGAUCAUACUUUGAACGAUCUCAAAUCGGUCGCCAUGCAGGACUAUGAUUCGCGUGCCGUCCACAUGAUCUCCAACCCCGAGAGAGUCAAGCCCGGGCCCAUGCUCUCCACCAAGGAGCUGCCUCUGCGGGAUCGUUCCGAUCGAUCCUCCUCCUCCUCCGCCGGCAGUAACAGUCCCGUCAAGGCCAAGGACUGCAGCAUGCAGUUCUGUCUGUGCCAGCCGGAUCCCAAGAUCCCGAGGCCUCGUAAUGCUUUUAUUCUGUAUCGGCAACAUUAUCAGGCAAUGGUGGUGGCUCACAACCCGGGGCUGGCAAACCCUGAGAUCUCCAAGAUUAUUGGAGAGCAGUGGCGAUCACUCCCGGACGACGACAAAAGUAAAUGGAAGGCACUUGCCGAGGAAGAAAAAGCUCGUCAUCAACAGCAAUAUCCCGACUAUAGAUACCAACCUCGGCGCUAUGGUCGAGAUGGCAGUGCACGGAGUGCAGUCGGCGGCAUCGGCCACAACCCAUCUGGCUCGUCAACGUGUCAGCGAUGUGGUGGCCGAUUGAUGAAUGCUCCUGCAUCGCCCAUGACCCCAUUCACACCCAGCAGUGGUCCUGGAUCUCGUUCGGCGACUGGAUUCUCAUUAACCUCCCCUCAUCCAAGCAUGCCACGAAGCCUCCAAAAUCGCGAGAAUGAUCUCUCCAAGUCCGUCAAGCUCGACCAGUUUGACUCACGGGCUCGCCAACGACACUGGGAAGAGCCGGGCGGUCGAUCUCCUCCAGACAACAAGCGACGCAGGGUCUCUCAAGGCUCAUUCAAGCCGACGCUGCAUCCAUCCUACCGAGAACGUAGCCCCAACAGCGCGAUCCCAAACACACCACACCCCAUGUCACCCUGGAGUGCUCGACCAGAUAUGCCCUCCCGUCAACUCCCAAUGAUCCAACCCCCAGGAUCUUUCCCCCAUCCAAGCCCAGAUCCAAGCCUGAAGCUUCCUCCUCUCCAAACCGGCUCCAUGACACCCGCAACCCCACAAGAAACCCUCAACACCAGCAUCGAAACCACUGUCAUGACCAUCCCCUUCCUGAACAAAAUCAAAGUCCUGGCCAAGAUAUCUCCUCCCCUCCUCCCCUCCUUCCGCGAAGGCCCUCCAGCCCGCGGCCCCGUAAUUGCCAUCGACGGCCAAGACCCGGCCCUCGUCCAAUCCACAAUCGCCUAUCUGGACACCCUACUUAAAAAGGAAUCCAAAUACCACGUCCGCACCUUCGAAGGGCCAGAAAUCAACCCUCGCAAAGAAACCCCCAUGACCGGCGGCACAGUCGACUACCUCAACACCAUCUCCGCCUGGCACCGCAUCUCCGACGACAUCGUCAGUUUCGUCAAAUCCAUGUCCCGGGCAGGGUCAAUCGACCACGAAGAGGACCCCGCCAACAUCUCCCCGCGGACCUCCCUCGUCCCCAAAACAGCUUCUAUGUCCAUCCACUCCCCCGCCCAGUCCUCCGAAUGCUCGGAGGUCAGCGCUGCCUCCGUCUCCUCGCACUGUGCCGUGCCUGUCGCGCUUGUUCCGCGCUACCAGCUCACUACGGCGGAUGCUUUUGCCUGUGCGACGCCUAUUCGGGACUCGUACGCACCCCUCGAUCACUGGCAGUGGAUGGCUUCGCUGUGGCGGGCGUGUGUUGGUCCUGAUAUCACAAUCUAUGUUAGGGAGUGUGGGAAGGAGGAGGUUGAGAGGAAGGGGGCUGUAGAGGUCCGGUUGCAGGAUGCCAGGACUGUUGUGUUGAGAAAGGUUGCUGGCAAGGAUUUGGAGGAGAAGGCGCUCAAGAGGAUGGGUUUUGAGAUUGAGGAUUGCUUGACGCAGUAG